AUGUCUUACGGUAAUUCUUCUACCAGGCCUGAUGGUGUUAAUCUUCCAGAACAUCUAAUACCCCAAGGCAUGUUUGGACAAGUAGGCCGAAAUCAACGGCCUACGCCAGAAUACACAUCUACUUCCAACUAUCCAGAUAUCCAUUCACGACAAGAACAUCCAGGGUACAAUUCAUCUCCAGCUAAAACAACAAAUCGGCCUUACCAAAAGCCAAGUAACAUCUCUCAUUCUGCCCUGCUGCUAAUAUAUGAGUCUCCCCAACAGCUACCGUCAUUACCGGGCAGCCAGCCAUCCAAGGUAAGCCUACAAAGUCCUCAGAGCCGUUCCCUGCUGUCUCAUGAUCAGCCACUGUCACAGUUACCAUACCCGGUCUCCAGCACCUAUUCUGACAACGGUAAAAUAAGCGAUUUCUCUUACCAUCAGGAUUCCGCUUACAAUGGCAAGCCAAAGGGGUACAUAUCGGCCCACCAGAGUGAUCGUCCACCAAAUCAAUACCAACGCCUGAUGCUGAGCUUACUGAGCAACCCUUACCAGACAUCAUCGGCUGGUCCGAUUGGUGGACAACUUCCCAGGCAGGCCCUGCGUGGCUCACUCCCUGCCCAUAAUGGAAGCAUUCAGCAGGGCCCUUCUGUGUAUCAUGAUACCUUGCAAAACUAUAGCCAGGCCCCUGUUGCCUUUGGCACCGUGCCCGAGGACGGCUACAUAGAGGUCGAGAGUUCUUACUCAGGUAGUGAUGCUGGCUUUUACCAGAGCAGCGUACCGCCAUCCCAGCCCGGCAUGUUCGGAUAUACUCCAUCACAGCAGUUAGUCACCUCACGGAAACCACCACCACCUAUGAAGCCAACCGCGGAUGGCCGUAGGAUUGUAUCAUCCCCCACUGUGCCUAGCUACCCGCAGAUCCCAUCUUGUCAGGGUCAAGUUGGCCAACAGCAUGCACAGCAAUUAAGGAUGGAAGCUCGCACAAAGUCAUUGUCGUCCUCAUCAUCAAAGCAUAACAGUGCCCCAACUGCGGCGCACAAUCAACCGCAAUCUCAGAAUAAUCGCAGUGGUAAUACCUACUCGGGUUCCUCACACUCAUUCUCGCUUUCAUCAAAGUCAAGGUCAUUCAGUUCACUCGGCAAAUUAUCUUCAUUAUCAACGAAGAAGUUCUCCUCUUCGGCGUCCCUACAAAAAGGGGGUGAUCGCAAUGUUUCUUCCUCAACUCUUACAUCCCAAAAAACUAUGGCCAUGUAUCAAUCCCGCAAACCUGCUAUUUAUCCGGCAGUUCUUUCUCGUGUUGCUAAAGCAUUCAAGGAUUCCAUAGUCUUAACAAUCAACAUGAAAGACGGCCUAGAAUAUCACGACUCUUUUACGGGUGAUACAGCGGUGGACGCUAUUUGCAGUAUAAUCAGGACGAAUGAUCGUAAUCUAGCUUUGCUUUUGGGUCGUUCAUUAGAUGCUCAAAAACUUCGAGACUCAAGCCAUGAAGUCUAUGCCUUUAGUCGCAACUAUAACGAUGUUGAAUUUUUUGCGGAAGAUGCCACCGGGAGCAACAAUAAUUCGAACCGAGGCUCGUAUAAUGAGCAUCAGAUAUCAGUUCUGCCGCAGCCUCCGUCUACAGUUCCCUACCCAACCUCAUCGGCUCCACCGAGUAUACCACCUAGUCCUGUGGACGGUGGUGUUGCAAUGUUUGGACAACCACAUAAAACAAGAGAUCAGGAGGAGUCAUCAGGAGUGAAUGGCGUGUUCACAAUAUUGAGCAAUUGCUAUUCUCCAACUUGCACUCGUGAUCGCCUUUGUUACUCAAUCGCUUGUCCUCGCAGGUUAGAGCAACAGGCAAGGCUAAAUAUGAAACCACGAGGUGGGCUCAAGCGAGCUGUAUCAAGACUCUCUUUACACGAUAAUGAAACCAGCAAGACGCUUUGGCAUGAAACUGUCGAUGAGCUGGUUUUGGCAGAACUUGAUAAACACGAAAAAAUGAGACAGGAGUUGAUUUACGAGCUUAUUUAUACUGAGAGAGAUUAUGUCAAGGAUCUUGAAUUUAUGACAGAUUUCUAUAUUUUACCACUUCGCAAUCCCACGAACAAUAUCAUUCCGGAAAGGGAGAGGGAAGCCUUCAUUCGUACUGUCUUUGGUGGUGUCAAUGAAUUGCUUCGCUUGGCAAAGAACCUUAGCGAAUCUUUAACGAAUCGACAGCAAACUGAAAAACCCGUCGUUGAGAAUAUCGGGGAUGUCUUCCUACAAUUCGUUGGCAGCUUUGAACCCUUUAUAAAGUACUCGGGCAACAAGGUUUUUGCAAGCUUUGAGCAUGAAAGGCAGCAGCAAGUGAAUAUGAAAUAUGCAAGGUUUUUGGAUGCGAUUGAGAAGAAGCCAGAGUCAAGAAAGCAGGAUUUGUCGUCAUUCUUAAUUAAGGGAGUGCAGCGCCCAGCGAGAUACCAGCUACUCCUAGGAGGAAUUUUGAAAAACACGAAAGAAUCUUCGUCAGAUUACAAUAAUCUUUUGAAGGCUAAAGAAGAAAUCGAGAAAGUCUUGAAUAAGAUUAAUGUUCAAACUGGAGAAAGCACCGAUCGGCACAAAAUUAUGGUGUUGCACAGACUUUUGGGCAGACAAACGCUCGAAGAUAGAUUCAGCUUCAAGCUCAACUAUAACAACAGAAUAGUUUACCAGGUGACGCUCAACCGUAAGAGGGACAACGAAAAGAUUGAUUUGUACCUUUUUGAGCACGCUUUGCUUCUCGUUAAACAUAAGAUCCAGAACAAGAGAGAAGUACACAAGGUAUUUGAAAAGCCCAUAUACUUACCAUUGCUCUUCGUGAAUAGUGGGUAUGACUCGCCAGGCAUAAAAUCUAUCCUACCCUUUAGAGAGAAUGGUUCAAUCAUAUCGGAUACAAACUUAAGGAAUCGUGCAGAGGUUUCCAAUUACAAUCCGGUCUCUUCUUCCCAGCAAAAGUUUCAAGUCAAUUUUUUGGGUCUUGGGAACAACCCCGUUCACGUUUCUUUAUACGCUGAUGAUGUUACCAACCAGAGUCAAAUCUUGCUGCAAGUACAGCAGCAACAGAGAAAACUUUUGGAGAAACAUGACAUUUUCUCCUUAAGUAAAUACGAGACGAGACGGUUCACUGGACACAACCGGAUCAACUGUGCUGUUCCAUGUUAUGGUGGUAAGAAGUUGUUAUAUGGAACGGAUGCUGGCGUGUGGGUAUCUACAGUUCGUUCCAUUAGUAUGACAUCCAACGAAAAAAUUUGCUCUGAUCCAACAAUGGUGAUCAGUAAACCUUACAUUUCGCAAAUGGAAGUGCUAGUUGAGUACUCCAAAUUGCUAGUGCUAUCUGAGAAGACGUUGUACGAGUUUGACUUAUCUUGUACAGAUUCCCUUGACCACGUCAAGAAUACAAGAAGUGGAAAAGUUAUAUUGAACUAUGUGUCCUUCUUUAAAACUGGAGUUUGUGAUGGCCGGUUGUUGGUUUGCGCUGUUAAGAGUGGAAGCGCUAAGGCAAUUAGUAUAGUCGAGCCUACUAACCCCUUUGAUUCGAAAAAUAGAGGAAAAGGAAAGAAACCAGAGGUUCGAGAGAUUGCUUUCAUGUCAGAGCUUGUAUCCAUUUCGUUUUUGAAGACUAAGUUAUGUAUUGGCUGUACUAAAGGCUUUGAAAUUUUAUCCUUGGAAGCUGGGAGGAAGGAACCAAUUCUUGACGAGGCUGACCCAUCUUUGGACUUUGCCACUCAGCGGGAAAGUGUUGCCCCGCUUGGAAUCCACAGGUUGGGCAAGAACUUCCUUUUGAGUUACAGUGAAUUCUCAUUUUUGAUUAACCGUAACGGUUGGCGAACGAAGCAUGACUGGGGCAUUUUCUGGGAAGGGUCGCCACAAAACAUUGCCUUGUUCUAUCCUUAUCUUUUGGCAUUUGAUCCUGGAUUUAUUGAAAUCCGUGACCUUGAAAGUACAACACUUAUUAGGGCUUUGAUAGGGGAGAACAUACGAUUUUUGCAUUCUAAUGAGCAUGAGGCACUUUACGCUUGCGAAGAGAACGGAUUUGACAUAAUCGUUUCUAUUGACUUCUUGAACCUUAAGCCGAAACAGAAAGCAUAG